AAGACCCAGAUGUUUUUUGAUGACAACGUAGUCCCCUAGAACAAUCAUCAGCUCCCUCAUGAUUUCUAAGCAUUUACCUGCACAUGGAAACAAAGGUGAGGAAAAGAAUGUCAGUGCCAGACUCCUGGGUGAGCAGGAAUUCAGUGUUUUGCCUUUUAUGCAUCCUCCUGUGAUUAUCGGUGGCCAGAGGAAAUUUUGUAGCGAAGGCGUGCUUAUUUGUUAUUGCUUAUAGAAUACACAAAAAGUAUGGAUGAGAAAAUGUGAAGGACGAGCUACUCUACACAGGGAACCAUUUUUUCAUUAUUAUUUUCAAGGAAGCUUAUUAGUCAAUGAGGAUUUGAACCUCAGGGUCACACAGUCCUGGAUUUGAGUCUAGACUCUAGUUCUUCCAACAAUAUGACUUUGAGCAACUUCUACUAAAACUCUUUAAGCCUCAGUUAUUCUCAUCUGUAAGAUAAGGGUAAUGACGCCGACCUCAGAGGGUUGUGUGAGGAUUAGAGAUAGUAUUUGUAGAGUAUUUAGCCCAAUGUCUAGCAUGUGUCAAUACAAGGUAGAUAUUACUGCUCAUGUUAUGUAUUCAGCUACUCUGAUGUACAAGGAUGAAUACUUCCAGAAUUUAGACUUCAGAAUAAAACACAAACAGGCUGUUGUGGUGGUGACAUCUGUGCAAUUAAGAAAAUGACUGCACCCACAUAGAGCCUCACAUCCCUUGGGGUAGGGCCAUGGUCUACCCCUUUCUUAGAGAAGCCCUUGGUCACGUGGUCUUAAGAAAUCAACUUGAGUUCACAUUUUCUUCUUUUUUAGUGAGACAGCAACAGGAAAGUUGGGUAGAUUUAACUAUUCAUGAGCCUGAUCUUUUGAGGCGACAUUGCUACUUUCUUUCCUUAAAACAGAAAGAUGACUAUCCCCUUCCCUUCCACAGGAGCUUAAAGCAUCGUGGAAAGCUCUCAAGAGAAGAGCUAAAAAAUGUUGAACGAAAACAUCUUUUCUAGGGAGCUGGUUUUACUUGGAUAUUCGCAAAAAGGGAUACGUGGAUUGACAUUCAGAACACUGGAAAAUUCUAGCCUCAACUUUGUGUUAAUUUUUUUUAAAGAUUAAGAGGACAACGCUAAUUUUGGUUAUUCCAAUAUUUCAUAUGUUUAGUUGGAGCUAUUACACACCUUACGUUCCCUAGCUGGGAAGGGUAUAGAGAGGCUAAAAGUACCAUCUAGAAGGAACGCUGACUAAUUCAGAGGACAGACCUGCUAGGAAUGGUAAUGAUGACAAGAUUGUAAGACGGAAGCUCCCUGGGCAUAAUAGCUGACAUUUCUUGAUCUUUUCUCCUCGGUGUUAUUUCUUUGUGUGCAGACAAGUCUUCUAGGUUGCGGGGAGAACAAGAGGAAAAUCCUCCAGGCAGGCAGAGUGGUUAGUCUGUCGGAUCAUCUUCCAUGCACACACCACUUCAAAGGCAGAACCAAGGGCAGGAUGAGUUUGGGAAAGAUUUUAUUCUGACACUGUAUCAGAGCACAUGAUGCUGUGUGAUUCUGUGGCUGCUAAUGCUUGAUCUUAUCCUGGUCUCCUCAGGCUUGCUUCUUUAUUUGAAACUUUUCAUUUCACAGUCUGCUCAAGCAAAAGUCAUGUAAUAGCCGUAAAACGUCCUUGUUGGUAUUAGUAAAUGACAGAGGCAUUUUUCAUGUUUCAAUUGUGUAGUCUUAGCAAUAGUGGAACAAAACUCAUUCCUAUUAUAAAACAAGUUGCAAAACUUAAUAUGAAACCAAUAAAAGCCAAAGUCUUCAGCAGUAUGUUGACUUUGGACAGCCUGGGAUUUUAAUGUGCUACGGAAUUUUCUUCUCUUGCCUUACGAUUAUGCUUAUUUCUUCUUCUUCUUUUUUUUACUCAUAUAGACAAGCACUGAUUUGGUACAACCGGUAGGUAAAUAUCCAGAAAAUUCUGGAUUUUUUCGGUACUUAAUAUGCAUUGUAUAUGUGGUAUAUUAUCUAGAAUGAGCUCUUUUUUUUUUUCUCAUGGCAUUGUUAGUCACAGAUUUAGCCGUAAACCAUUUAAUUUAAAUACUUUCUAGCUUUGUGUAACUGGUGCUACCCUACUGAAGAGCUUUGUGUUUUUCAUCAAAUCUUACCAUGAUCUAUUUCAUCUUAUGUGUUUUUUUUUUUCCUUUGCUUUUCUGCACACUCUAAAGACUGAUUCUUCAAAAAGUCUUUCCCUGUGUAACCUGAUCAUGGAGGAACCUCCAGACAGUGGGUUGACCGAAGAAAUUCAAAGAUCUCAGAUUGAUUUAGGUGCAAUUAUUUGGGGCCCUGAUGCUAGUACAGACAGUGUCAGCCAGGAAAUUACCCAAGGUGGGUCGCAGGAAGACUCUGCAUGUCUCUCCAAAGCAGAGCAGGAACUGGGAUUUUCCACCGGGAUACUUCCUGCUGCUGGCUGGCACACUGUAGCUGGACAGCGUGAGCAUGGUCUGGGGGCAGCUGCUCCACGUGGAGAAGAACAAAUGCCCCCAAAUCCCAUGCCUGGUGCUGCUUGUUUGGAGAUGGCGCAUCCUUGCGAUCUACCUGACUCAGAGAUACCAGCCGUGGAAACUGGUGGCCUGGUCAAAGAAAGUCAAGAAGAUGUUAAAAAGUCAGAAGAAGAAGAAGGAAAACAGAAGAUAGAAGAUUCUGUCUGGGCAGGUGUGGAGACAUAUGAAAAGGUAGAGGCUGGAGCUCUUGGUGUCAAGGCCCUAGGAGGGACAGAGGAAUUUGAAGAGAGAGGAUGUACAGGAAACAGAGUAGUAGAUCUUUUUAAGACAGUAGGAAAGCAAGACCAGGAGACCGUAAAAAGCAAUGAAGAGGAAACUAAGAAAGAUCUAAGUGCUGGGUAUAAGGAAAGUGUAAAGACCAAUGAAAAGUAUCUUGAGAAAAUUGACAUAUUUGAAAAAGACGUGGAAAGUGUAGACAGAGCAGAUGAGUUGAGUGACAGAGACCAAGGGCUAGAUGAAGGGAUUCAAGUAGUAAUAAAUAAUUGUGAAAUUAGAGAGGGAUCUGGAGCUAACCCUGCCAAUCACACAGAUAUUUUGAAUCCGCCUCUCCAUACUGACUCUGUAUCUAAUCCUGAAGAUGCCAGCACAGAGGAAUGGUUCUUAGCUGGAAAAAACAUAAAGAAAAAUGUAAUCGACCCUCCUAACCAUGAUAAAAUGUAUCACUCAGCACAGGGCAGUGCAGAUGCUGAAGCGAUGCAGUGUGAGGCUGUGUUACAUGCGCCUGGAAGUAACAGAGAUGGAAAUCAGUCUGUUGUUUUAUCGAUAAAACAUGAAGCAGCAGCUCAGUCUAGGACAGAUCUUAAUUAUGCUCUGGGAACUAACGCAAACAGAAGAGAUUGGUGUCUGUGUAAGGCUGAAGAUUCAUUAAUAGAGGAACCUGAAAGUACAGUGACUGGGAACUGUAGCCAUACCAUUAACUUGCCAAAAAUUGCAAAACCAGACUCUUGGGGGACAGAUGCAGGUCAAAUCUGGCAGCCAAGCUUGGAUUCAGCAGUGAAUAAUACGGAUAUAUUGGAGUUCUCUGGUAUACCAGAUGGCCAAGCAAGUGGAUUUGCCAGUUGCUUUGAUUCUAUUAAUCACUGGCCUAUCAGAGAUAUGGGAGGCUUAGACAAUUGCUGGGAACAUGUAGACACAGUUGGGAGCAAGAAAGGGCUGGAGGUGGACUUACUAGCAGAGGUAUGUGGGGAACAAGCCAUUGCUAGCCAUGGGGAACAGAGUCAAGAGAUAGCUAGACCAUUGGUUAUGGGAACCUCCCAGAAUGUUAGCACCGAGAGUUCCACUAGUCCCCAAGACAAUGACACCAACAACUCAGAUUUAUCUGAAGAUGAAAUUGCUAACCAGAGAUAUGGAUGGUUGUACCAAGAAAUAGAGGCUGAUAAAGAAGAGGUACUUACCCCAGCAUGUAGUAUAGACUAGCCAAAGACUUGUAGGUUCUGUUUUUCCUAAUGUUUCUCACCGACUUCAUCAUCCAUCACUAUCUUCUCCAAGAUCUGCUUCAUCUCCUUGACAGACUGUCAUGUACCUCUUGAAAUCUGUGCAAACCAAACACAAAAUAGGUUGACAAAACAAACAAACAAAAAUCCCCCGGAACAACAACACAAAAAGCAGAAUGAUGAUGUUGGAAACUAAUGAGUGUCUACUUUACCAUCCUAUUUACUGUAUUUAUUCUUUCUACUUUCACUUUUAUUGUUCAAGCACUAAAUAUAUGUAUAAAACAGACAGAUUUACUGUUCCUAAAGUGGUUCCACCCCAGUAAAAACACAUGAAAUGUUUCUACCCAGGCCCAUGGAAGCUAUAAAAUCUCAUAAUAGCUGUUCAUCAAAAUGAUGUAUUUAGAGAAAUACUGGAAAUGCUUCCAGAUUCUAUGGAUGGCUAAAAAAACGAGCUAUUUAACCACUCGUGGCUCUUGUCUGGAAUCAUGUUCUCAUUAUUGAGAAAGUGGGCUUUGGUUAGCCCUGAGCCACAUACCAGCAAUAAUUGUAAAAAUAAUGUUGUUCUUUUUUUUGUCAGCCUAUUUAAAAUAAUACAGUAUGGCCUUUUCCAUUUCCUAAGCAUUUUCAUGCACAGCAGCCUUUUGUAUUAUUUUAAAAUUUGCAGUGGUUUUUACUUUCCCACUUGUCUAGUAGACAUUUACCAAUCCUACAAAAGUAAUGAAAAAAAUAACGUACUCUGAUUCCCAUUUCUGUUUAGGCUUCUGGAGGUCCAUUUAAUGGAUUC